AAACUAACUAAGAGUGGCUGGUCUCUGACUUACUGAAACAUCUAUGUUCGAGCAGCAUUAUUGACUUGUUUACAGCAACCUGGCGGACGGUUUGGUAAGCAAGCAGGGAAACGGGUCAGAGAUUAGGGCUUUUGUCAGCCUUUGCUGUCCUCGGAGCUCAGCCGCUGUUGUUCAGAGGCGGUUUUUAAGGACAGUGUGCUGCUGUGGGAAUGUGCGCUUUUAAUGCGGCGAGCGGCCCAGUGUCGACUGAUAACCUCGCGAGCCCCUUACACACAUGCUGGAGUGUUAUCGCUCUUCACACCCGUCGUGCAUUACUCCGCGAUGUUUAGGGCGAUAUCAUGCAUAUAAUGAUUGCAGUGUGAUACAGAGGAGUGAAACUGCAUUUUCCAGACAGCACUGGAUAUCAUGACUGACAUUCAGCUUCAUACUUCGAGAGAGAACUGCGCGGUUUUCUGCUGACUGUGUUUUGGACAAGAAGCCUAUGAGCUGCGAAAGCCCACGGGACACAUUUUCUGGAUUUUCUGAAGCGUUAAAGCCGCCAACAUGAGGAUCUUCAGGACUUUGAUGAACGCUGCAUCCGUCGCCAAGCAAAUCGACUUUUACUCCAGAUUCUCUCCUUCUCCUCUCUCUAUGAAACAGUUCAUAGACUUUGGUUCAGAGAACGCAUGUGCGAAAACGUCAUUCACGUUUCUAAGACAGGAGCUGCCUGUCAGGCUGGCAAAUAUUAUGAAAGAAAUCGAUUUAUUGCCUGAUAAUCUCCUGAGGACUCCUUCAGUGCGCCUGGUGCAGAGCUGGUACAUGCACAGCUUCCAGGAUAUACUGGAAUUCAAGGACAGGGAUGUUGAUGAUGAAAUGCUCAAACAAGACUUCACAGAUGCUGUGAUUAAGAUCAGAAACCGGCACAAUGAUGUGGUGCCCACCAUGGCUCAAGGAGUGGUGGAAUAUAAGGAGACCUACGGGACCGACCCCAUCACCAGCCAGAACAUCCAGUACUUCCUGGACCGGUUCUACAUGAGCAGGAUCUCCAUCAGAAUGCUCCUGAACCAGCACACUCUUCUGUUUGGGGGAAAGGUGCGUGACAAUCCUGCUCAUCCCAAACAGAUCGGCAGCAUUGACCCCAGCUGUCGCGUCACUGAUGUUGUGAAAGGUGACUAUUAUUUUAUAAAGAUACUCCUGCAGAAUGCCAUGCGCGCCACCAUGGAGCUUUAUGAAGAUGCCAUGGAGUAUCCCCCAGUGCAUGUGCAGAUCGUCCUGGGCCACGAGGACCUGACUGUGAAGGUCAGUGAUCGUGGAGGCGGAGUCCCGCUGAGGAAGAUUGACAGGUUGUUUACAUACACAUACUCCACUGCCCCUCGUCCUCAGAUGGACACAUCUCGAGCCACUCCUCUGGCUGGUUUUGGUUAUGGGCUGCCCAUCUCCAGACUUUACGCCAGAUAUUUCCAAGGAGACCUGAAGCUGUACUCUAUGGAGGGAUUCGGCACAGAUGCUGUCAUUUAUAUCAGAGCUUUGUCCACUGAGUCCAUCGAGAGGCUUCCCGUUUACAACAAAUCUGCCUGGAAACAUUAUAAAACCAUCCACGAAGCCGAUGACUGGUGUGUUCCCAGCAAAGAACCCAAGGACAUGACCACCUUCCGCAGCUUCUAGUCUGAUCUCAAAGCUUGUCGUGAAUGUGUUCGUCCAGACUCCCUCUCGCACCCUUCACCAAUGCACCUGCUUCAGCAGACCAAAUAAAGCGUCUUACCUUCAUCUGUCCGCCCCUGUGUAGAUCAGGAUAGCGGAGCAAAAGAGCCUGGGGCUCAAAGGAAUAUAUAAAAGAGCAUGCUGAAACACUAUAUGUUUCUAGUAUGUUCUAAUGAAAAAGUACCAGAUGUUACCAGUGUUAUAAGUUAGCACAGGUGUUGCUAGUGCCAUCACAUCCCCAGAUAGACAAUUUAGGCUGUUGUCCUUCUGCUGUAUUAUUUCUGAGUGUGAUCCAGUAUGUGUUUAAUGACCUAUUAAUCUUACAUUUGGAUGUGUAAGCCAGUAUAUAUUUAUUUGUCUGUCAUCACGAGACAGACUGAAGUGUUGAUCAUUUUUGCUUUAAACGUGCAUGUUGUGAUUUGGGAAAUCAAGCUUGUGUGUCACACAGCUGUGAGCUAUAAUGUAUACACCAGCAUAACUGGUGUACACUCCAUGUGCAGUCCCAUUUUGUUUUCAGAGUUUUUUUUUUUGAAAGUGAGAAUGUAGUGUGAAGAGUUUGAAAGUGUUAAACACUUCUCACCAUUAGAAAAUGUUCAGCUUCAACUAAGUAAUGAACAAUUCCCGCACUUAAAUGACAAAAAAAAAGGAACAAACGCAUGAACGUGUGUGAACUGUCUGCUUCUUUAAACCAGUUUGAAACUGUUCAAGUGUUUAGUAGUUUGAAACUCAUCCGGUUUCAAUAGCAGUCCUCUACUGGACACAGACUGUAACUGCAGACUUAGUCAUUGCGCUUUUCUGCAUGUGCUUUAACUUAUUUUCUUGAGUCAUUUGUGCAAUUAUUAGUGUUUUAGUGAUUUUUAGAGGAUGUGUGAAGUCAGUUCACACAGGUUUCCUACCAGAGUAACCAAAGAUACAUCUCUAUUACGUACAUUUACAGUCCCACGAAGUAUCAAAAUGCAUUUUAUUUUAUUUUAAAGAGUUGUGUUUUUCUAUUAUUUGAGGUUUGUGAGGUUUUUAGGGACUAGGAUAUGUUUUCCAGUGCAGUGGCAUUCAAACUUUAGUGUACAGUAGUGAUGGGAGAAAAGAACCUUUUCGAAACUUUGUCACAAAUGUCAUUAAAAAUAUCUGCAAAUCCGAGAUCAGGUUAAAUAAAACAUAAAAUGUUCACACAGAUGUGACUUUGGCAGACACCUGAAAAGCAAAAUUAUAAAAGACAAAUGAUCUCCUCUCUUAAAAUUGAUGAUGUACUCACUUCGAAUCCAAAAUUGAUUGCAAAUUAUGUGGAAUAUUUUUACUCUCAGUUAUAUGAAUCUGUAUUUGAAAUGGAUAAAUGUUCUGACUUCUUUGAGUCAGUUAAGCAAUCGGUCUCAUCUAUUUCUAUUCAGUUUCGAGACCUUUGUGAUGAAAAACUAAGGAAGCAAGAGAUGGUUACAGCUAUUCGUUCAAUGAAAAAAAAUAAAUCGCCAGGCACAGAUGGUCUUUCAGUUGAAUUUUAUCUCUGCUUUUGGGAUAUUAUUGAAAACCCUUUAUUUGAAAUGUAUAAGGAAUGUAUUGAAUCAAAUGAAUUAUCGACUUCUUUGAAACAGGGGUUAAUAACCCUACUUCCUAAACCAGAUAAAGAUUAUUUGAUUUUGGAUAACUGGCGUCCUAUAACAUUAUUGAACGUAGAUUAUAAACUGUUAUCUCAUGUUUAUGCCGUUCGUUUGAAAAAAGGUCUAGGCGAAAUCAUAAAUGAGUGUCAAACUGGAUUUAUGGCUGGCCGACAUAUAAGUUGGAACAUUAGACUGAUUUUGGAUUUGUUAGACUAUUCAAAUUUGGUGGAAUCAGAGGCUUUAAUUGUUUUUUUAGAUUUCCAUAAAGCUUUUGAUACAAUUGAGCAUCAGUUUAUGUAUAGGGCAUUAAAGGGGUCAUAUGAUGCGAUUA